GAAAUGGAUUGAUCUGCCGGUUUUGAGGGAAAGUGUUAGAUGUAAACGGAUUACCAAUUGGACAUGGUCUGCUGGUCUGCAGAUGAUUUUGAAAUGUGACGAAAACAAAGCUUUCGAUGUAAAGCAUGUCACUGAAAAGUGUUGCUGUCAGUGAGAAUGACAGCUGAAAUAAUAAAUAUGAGCACAAAACGAUCUGUGCUGAGAAGAAGCAAAACAUGUGUUGUGGAUUCUGUAGGAAUACGACGGUCGUUCCAGUUGGAAAAAAUCAGCGAUGAGCCUCCAACCCGUGAAUCUUCCGUGACGAAUGAGGCUCAUGUGUCUCCAAAGUCUUCCUGUCAGGCACUCCGACAUGCCGUGUCGGCCCUCACACGUCUCGAUGAUUUCAUCUGUGAAAAACUGGGGCAAGGAUUCUUUUCUGAUGUGUACAAGGUGACCCACCGGACCACGAACCAGGUGAUGGUGCUGAAGAUGAACAAGUCGGACACGAACCGGCCCAACAUGCUGCGAGAAGUCCAGCUCAUGAACCGACUCUCACACAGGAACAUCCUCAGAUUUAUGGGAGUGUGUGUCCAUGAAGGUCAACUUCAUGCCCUGACUGAGUACAUCAAUGGAGGCAGCCUGGAGCAGCUGCUGGCUGGGGAGGAGGAACUGCCGUGGAUGUUAAGAAUAGGUCUGUCCAUUGACAUCGCGUCUGGCAUGAAGUACAUCCAUUCCCGGGGAUUCUUUCACAGAGACCUAACUUCCAAGAAUGUGUUAAUCAAGCAGGAAGACAAUGAGAAAUACACGGCAAUAAUAGCUGAUUUUGGAUUUGCCACAAAGAUCCCAGAUCCUUUGGAUGUUGACUACCGAUUGUCCAUUGUUGGAUCCCCGUACUGGAUGGGCCCGGAAGUGCUUAGAGGGGAGCAGUACAACGAAAAGGUUGAUGUUUUCUCCUUUGGUGUUAUUAUGUGUGAGAUCACAGCUCGGAUAGAAGCAGACCCUGAUGUUUUACCCCGCACUCAGAAUUUUGGAGUUGACUAUGUGGCGUUUAGUGAGAAGGUGGAGUAUUGUCCCUUGGAUUUUCUUCAGCUUGCCUUCAGAUGCUGUCAGGUUGAUCCGAAAAAGCGUCCAUCGUUUGAUGAUAUAAUUGACCCUCUUGAAAAGAUUCAGAACAACCUUCAGAAUGAUAUUCUCUGUCAGGAGCGGGAGAGAUUGGCUAAAGCAAAGAUUUGCAAAAGAUCAAGAUCAGAAGACAACAUUUUACAAGCCAAUGACAGUUCAAGUGACAUAGAAAACUUUGAUGAGCCGUCAUUUCUAACACCCCUCCUGAUUGGUCAAGUUAUGAGCAGAGACGAUCCCUACUAUGCUCCAACCAAUAGCAACCCUUUCGCUGGGCUGCAGCGCUUCAAAGAUGGCCACAAAGUAUUUGGCACCUCCUGUGAUAAUAACUCUGAACUCUACGAUCUUCCCUCUCCAGCCUACCCAUUCACUCCUCCCGUGACCCCCAUGACCCCUGACCUCAACAGUAGCAAAAGUAACGUGAUGUGGGGACGGAACUGCCAUUCCUUGCCGACGUCGCCGGUGCUGUUACGUCGAGCCGCUGAAAAGCUCCACCAGGAGUCGCUGCACGGCAGCGCCAAGUGGAACUCGUCCAAAAGAAUGAAUCAACGAUCAAGAUCAAAAAGUGCAAUAAUCUCGGACGCUGUCGCCAUCAAGCUUCAGUACGAUUUCAUCAACAAUCCUGAGCGGUUCCAGAGGAACGAGCCCAUUUGCGAGAGCAGCGACGAAUCAGAAUCGGUGUACUUAGACUGUCCAAUAGAAUUCAACCCAUCGCUGGGCAACCACCAGUCUAGUCAGUGGUGCUCGGGCAAACGGAAGUCGUUCCCACACAUCAAGCAGCAGAGCAUGGACUGCAUGUAUCCCCUGGCAACGAGCAGUUGCCCCAACAACAACAGACUGUUUCUCGACAAGCGUGGCGGCUGUGAUUGUUUGCCGCUGGAAACAGGUGAUGUGAAAGACAAGAGAAGAGACUUCAGCCCACCUAGUAUGCGAAGUUCGUGCGAAUCAUUUAUGUCGAUCGACGAACACUUCCUCUCUCCUACCAGCUCUCUUUCAAGUUACAGUGAACCCAAUGACUAAAAUAUUACGUAUAUCGACAUCACUUUCUGCAAGGUUUUUUAGUUAGAUUUAAAACAUACUAUAUAAAAGGUAUGGUUAAAAAUAAUCUGUGGUCAGAUUUUCUUUGUUCAUGUAUGUGAUAGGAAAAGAAAGAAUUUUAUUUUUUGGAAAACUCAAAUCUUUGUAAUAGAGUAAAUACACACUAAAUGCUAUUUCUGUUGGAACAGGUUGUUAAAGGGAAAUAACUCCUAUAUUUUAAAGACAAGUAGCUUUCAGUUUGAAACCUUGGACAGUGUGAGAAGAAAGGUGUGUCAUUUCAAAACAUUAGAGAAAGUUCACAUGAUAGUUUAUAAAUAUAGCACCAUAUUGGACAAACACUUUGGAAUUAAUUUUGCCAAGUUCUGGUGCUUUAUAAAGAAAUAAUUGUGUGCAGGUAUAUUCAACAAGAUGAUAUUAUUUAACCAAGUAACUUACAUUAUCAGAAUGUACUUUGUAUAGAUCACUGAUCUACAAAACUUAAGGCAAACAUAACAUUUAGUCUUUUAGCUAGGGAUUUGUUGUCAAUAAAAGAAGGCAUCUGAACAAAAGUUACUUAAACUUGAACCAUAGACUAAUCCACAGUGGUAUAUUUUCACUAUAAUACCACAGUUGGUUUAUUUUGGAUUGUCUUUUAUUUUUACAAAAAAGUUAUAUUUAAUCUUCUCAAAAGUUUCCUUCAUCCAGAUCUGGACCCAUAUUCACAAAAAAGUUUAAAUUUACGUCUACGACUAGCACUUACGUGUGCCGUAGAUUUACGUUUACGUGCAAGAAGCACCUUAUUCUCAAAGAUGGUCGUAAAUAUAAACGU